UUGUUCCUCCAGCUUGUAAACAGAAAGUUGUGGCAUUCACUUUGCCGUAGCGUCACCUCCGUCGCCGAAUGCAUUGUGGACGCCUGCCAUCGCCGGCAAGUCAGCUGCGAGUCCGUAGCCUUUGCUCGCAGGCCAGGCCGCCCCUUCUGGCGACGCGCGCGCGCGCCGCCAUGAGCGCGGACGAGGAGGGGCAGGGCGGCGGGCGCCGGGCGGGCGUCGCGAUUGGCACCUGGCUCAAGUCGAAGGCUGCAACCCUGGAGAGUCACGCGAAGGAGCUUCGCGACAACUCGCGGCUCAUCGUGGCCGACGUGGCGAGGGCGACGGGCGUCAAGGCCGGCGAGGAGCGCGUCGACGUCACAUUUGAGAGUGGCGCGUUCGGUUUCGAGCUUGCCCUCGACAACGGCGCUGUCGUCUCGAAGCUCCGCUUCGGCGGCCAGGCCGAGCAGCUUGGCGUGCACGUCAAGGACAGGCUCGAGGCCGUAUCGGGGGAGCCGCUGCCGCCGCCAGAAGACAAAGAGAAGUUCCAGGAGGCGGUGAAACGGCACCUGGGCAACAGACAGCGGCCCUUGACGUUGACCUUCGUCCGGGGCGCGGCGGUGGGUGCGGGUGCCACGGCGCUAGAUCCUAGCGCCGCCGCCAUGGCAGCCGCCCCGAGCGCCUCGGAGGCCCAGCCCGAGCAGCCAGAAGGCGGCGAGGCUGGCGCGCCAGCUCCGGCGUCGUCGCUGGGCCUGGGAGGCUGGCUGAAGUCCACGGCCGCGACGUUGGAGGGCCACGCAAAGGAGAUGCGAGAGAACACGAAGCUGAUGGUCAGCGAGGUCGCCAAGGACGUCGUGGGUAGCAGCCCAGCCGCGGCGGCGGCUGGCGAGCUGCCGGAGACGGUGGCGCCUGGCGCCAGGACGUUGCAGGCGAGGUUGGAGGAGGCUCUGCAGCAGCUCCAGGAGAAGUCCGCCGAGGCCGAGUCUGCCGCUGCCAGGGCGGCGGCCGCCGAGGCGUCCCUCGCGGCGCAGGCGCGGGAGCUGGAGCUGCAGGAGAUCCACGGCUCGCUGCAGGAGGCCGAAGCUAGCCGCGCAGCGCUGCAGAAGAGGCUGGACGAGGCCCUGCAACAGGUUGGGGAGCGGUCCGCCGAGGCGGAGGCCGCCGCUGCCAGGGCCGCGGCCGCCGAGGUGGCCCUCGCGGAAGCGCUAGGGCGAGAGCUGCAAGGGCCGAGCGGCAAUCUGCAGGAGGCCGACGGGGCUCUGCAGGCGAAGCUGGAUGAGGCACUGCAGCAGCUCCGGGAGACGUCCGCCGAGGCCGAGGCCACCGCUGCCAGGGCUGCCACCGCCGAGGCGUCCCUCGCGGCGCGGGAGCACGAGUUGCAGAGGACCCGCGCCUCGCUGCAGGAUGCCGAGGCCAGCGGCGGAGCGCUGCAGGCGAGGUUGGAGGAGGCCUCUCAGCUGCUCCGUGAGAAGUCCGCCGAGGCGGAGGCCACCGCUGCUAAGGUGGCCGCUGCCGAGGCGUCCCUUGCGGAGGCGCAGGCGCGGGAGCUGGAGCUGCAGGGUGCACGAGCCUCGCUGCAGGAGUCCGAAGCAGGUGCCAGUGUGUUGCAGAAGAGGCUGGAGGAGGCCAUGCAGCAACUCCAGGGUAAGACCGCCGAGGCCGAGGCCACCGCUGCUAAGACGACCACCGCCGAGGCGCCGGUCGCAGAUGCGCAGGAGGUCGAAGCUGGCGACGCGGCGCUGCAGACGAGGCUCGAGGAGGCUCUGCAGCAGCUUGGGGAGAAGGCCGCCGUGGCGGAGUCCGCCGCUGCCAGGGCGGCCGCCGCCGAGGCGUCCCUCGCCGAGGCCCAGGCGCGGGAACGAGAGCUGCAGGGUCUGCUCGCCUCGCUGCAGGAAGCAGAGGUUGGUGCCAGAGCGCUGCAGGCGAGGCUGGACGAGGCCGAGGCCGAGGCCGCCGCAACCAAGACUGCCGUCGCCGAGGCGUCCCUUGCAGAGGCCCAGGCGCAGCAGCGGGAGCUGAAAGAGGCGCGCGACUCGCUCCAGGAAGCCGAAGCUGGCGCCAAAGCGUUGCAGGCCAGGCUGGACCAGGCUCUGGAGCAGCUCCGGGAGAAGGCUGCCAGGGCUGAUGAUGCGGCCGCGAGGACGGCCGCCGUCGAGGCGUCCCUCGUAGAGGCCCAGGCGCAGCAACGGGAACUGCAGCAGGCGCGCGUCUCGCUGCAGGAGUCCGAAGCUGGUGCUAGAGCGCUGAAGGCGAGGCUGGACGAGGCUCUGGAGCAGCUCCAGGAGAAAUCCGCCGAGACCAAUGCUGCCGCCGCGAAGGCGGCCACCGCCGAGGCCUCCCUUGCAGAGGCCCAGGUGCAGCAGCGGGAGCUGCAGGCGGCCCACGACACGCUGCAGGAGCUGCUGGCCCAGGCCAGGAGCAGCCUGUCCGAGCAGCAGGCGGCGCUGGCCGAGGGCGCCGGCGAGCGCGCGACGGCGCUGCAGCAAGCGCUCGACGCCGCCCAGGCCGCCCGCGACGAGCAGCGCGCCCGGGCCGACCGGCUGCAGGAGGAGCUGUUUGCCGAGCGGAGGCGCGUGGAGCAGAGCCGUGACAGCCGGGACGCCGCGCUGGAGAAGGAGAAGAGGUCGCAGAUGGCCAGGGCAACGGUGGAGGCGAAGCUGCAGCACGCCCAGCAGGAGCUCCGGGACAGGGUCUGCGCGCUGGCCGCCGAUUGCGAGGGCCGCGUAGCGGCGCUGGAGGCGCUUCUGAGCGACGAGCAGCAGGCCCGGGCGGUGCUGGAGCAGCAGUCGCGCGAUGCCGCGGGGUCGCGCCGUUCCCUGGAGCAGCGCCUCGCCGUCGUGGAGUCCAAGGAAGCGUCUCUGCUGUCCGAGCUCGCGCAACGGGACGAACAGCUGGAGGCGAAGCGCGACUGCGAGCAGCGCCUCCUGCGAGCCAAGGCGGCGGAGGAGGAGGUCAAGGAAGAGCUCAUCGCGGCCCAGAAGGAGCUCCGCCAGCGCGAGUCGGCGGACUUGGAGCGCGCGCUCCAGCCGACGAUCUUGGGCAAGGCUCACGAUAAGGAGGUCUCAUCGCUGAAGUCGCAGAUCGCCGUGCUCGAGGCGCAGAGCAAGUCGUUGCAGCUCCGCGUCGACGCGGCAGAGAUCGAGGCCCCAGUAGAGCUCAUGGAUAUCGGUGAAGAGCUCGAGGAGGACGACCCCACCGCCUCGUGCAGCAGCCUCCGCCGCGCUCGCAGGACUGUCCGGCGCGGGGCGUUGCGGGUCGUCCGCUUCUGGGCCGCGUUUCGGCAGUCGGAGGGCGCGCAGAAGGUCGAGCGGCAGCUGCGGGCCUUCACCCGUCUGCUGCUGCGCCAGCCCACGCUGCUGUGGUUCUUCUACGUCCAGAUGCUCGCCUUGUGGUUGCUCGAACUCGGGCGGCACACCGCCACGGCGCGACCCCUUGCCGCUGACCCCGCGGCCGCCCUGGCCGUUGUGGUGCCGGCGGCCGCUUCGGCCGCGCUGCAGGCCGCCGCGGCGGGGCCCCCGACCGCCAGCCCCUCCGCGGCCGCCCUCGCGGCCGCGGUGCCAGCGGCCGCCUCGGCCGCCCUGCAGGCGCUGCCGGGUGCCGUUGCCUGGCCCGCCACGGCGCCAGACGUCGCGGCGCCAGCCGCCACUGAGGCGGCGAAGAGCUCGGCACCAGCCUCCACGGAGAGCGCCCUGGCCGAGGCAGCAGCGGCUAAGCAGGCGCUGCCAAGCGCCGCGGACAGCGCGGUGCCCGCGGACAGCGCCGCGCCAGCCGCCUCGGAGGGCGCGCCAGCCUGGGGAGGCGAUGCCGAGCAGCGGCUACCCAGACACGCCGCUAGGCCCGUCGAGGCUCUGGACGGCGCGGCGCCCGCCGCCUCAGAGGCGGCGCAGAGCUCGGCGCCAACCGCCGUUGAGGGCCCGCCAGCUGAGGCGGCAGCAGCUGAGCAGGCGCUGCCUAGCGCCCCCGCUGGACCUGCCGCGGCUCCGGACAGCGCGGCGUCCGCUGCUACAGAGGCGACACAGAGCGCGGCGCCGACAGCUUCGGAGACGGGCGGGGCUGCCGCUGACGCUGGUGGCCGCAGAGUCGCGGUCGGGGGUGCCGUGUCGAUUGGCCCCUUACUGUAGUGAGAUGUUUGCCACAUCCUGUAGUGCCGGUGCCA